AUGAAAAACAUGGAGCACUUCAAUGCUAUCGCGCCUACGAAGCCAAACCUGCCCUUCAUUGGGCCCCCAUGCCUGCGCGAUUGGAGUUUGAGCCAGAUGCUGGCUUUAUUGGCGCUUGCUGGGGUUGGGGCGGCUGAGGACCUUUGGGAUGACGCAGAGGUCUUUCAGGAGGUUGCAACGCCGGGUCGCCGGCUUGGGCCUAUACCUCGAUCCACAGAUCGGAGGUGCGACCUCUUGCGCUUUGAUGGGAAGUGGUUGGCCGCCAAAACGAAGGCGAGAGAGGCCUUGAAUGGGCUCCAGCAGCCGGUGCUUAUCGUCCCUUCCUCACAUGGUGAAUGGAGGAUGUUCUCUCAGCUCUUGGAGGAGCAUGGGGAGGAGGUGCACCGUGUGAACAAUGGGCGUGUGAAUGGUGCGGGGAAGGUGCACGGGCAGCUUCCGCUGAAGCAUUAUCUACAGCACAACAGCUCGGACUUCCACAUCUUCACUGUGAAUAGGCCAGACACGGGCAACAGCGGCAAUGGAUCGACUGGACUCAUUGACGAGGUUCGCUGGAGGGUGAAACAGAUGUGGCCCUGGACACAAUUAGCCACAGACCUCGCGGCGCGGUGGAUCUUCUCCUUGGGACUGAAGGCGUCUCAUGUCGACAGACACUCCCAUGAGGAAUCCUGGCUCCUGCUCUUGGAGGGCAGGAAGGCUUGGUGGAUUGGCGCUGAGCCGGGCAACAACCCAGAGUACAUCGCGUGGGAGGACCCUUGUGCUGCUCUGGGCCGUGCCACUCCUCCUGGCAUCCAGUUCUGUGUGCAGCAUCCUGGAGAGGUAGUCUACGUCGGGACGCACCUGGAGCAUUCAACCUGUAACCUUGACCACCGGGUUUGGGGUGUGGGUGCUCAAGGAAGCAGAUCUGAGUGGCCUUUGCUCGUCCAAGCUGCACAAGAGGGGGAGCUUUCCGCUCUCCAGGAGCUCUUGGAUGCCCGAGCAGAGCCGGUGCAGGCGACCACAGAGCGUGGGCAAAGUGCCCUGCACUUGGCUGCCUCCUUUGGGCGGGAGGCUGUGCUGGAGAAGUUGUUGGCCAAAGGAGCCAGGCUUGAGCAGAAAGACCAUGGAGGUGGCGCCGCGCUGCAUAGUGCUGCAGAGGGCGGACACAGCCGGGUGAUCAGGCAACUCCUGAGAGCCCGUGCGCAGUUCCAGCUGGAUGCCUCCGGGCGGCAGCCGCUGCAUCUGGCAGCCACAGCCGGCCAUGUGGCUGCGGCCCAACAGCUGCUAGAAGCUGAUGCGGACCCGACCGUCGCCUCGGCGCGGCAGGAGCAGCCUCUACACCUCGCCACCAGUAGUUGCAGGCUAACCCACUUGCUGCUGGCCUUCCGGGCAGCAGUAUCAGCAGAAGAUCAUGAGGGAGUGCAGGCGAUCCACUGGGCUGCCGCCUCUGGCUCGCACUGCGUGGUGCGCGCGCUCCUGGCUUCCAAGGCCUCCUUGGCAUCAGGUGACCGUGUCCAUGGUGGUCAGCCUAUCCACUGGGCUGCAGCCAAUGGGCGGGUCAAGAUGGUGAACUGCUAG